GUGUUGAAACAAAACAACAGUUUCCGUUUGUUAUGUUUACUGUUUGUCAGAUAAAGUCUUUUGGAGGAAAAUGAAGCAAUUUUUCGAGCAUCUAGAAGGAGUCAAGUCAUGUUGGUGGCCCUACAUUGCCACUUUUAUCAUUUUUGUAAUAGGAGCAAUUAGGGCGUACAUUGGGGGUGCUCACUGUCCGACUAGAAAUAGAAUAGAUGGAAAAAUUGUGGUUAUUACAGGAGGGUCAAGCGGAAUUGGGCUAACUACAGCCAAAGAACUUGCCAAAAAAGGGGCCAGAUUAAUUUUAGGUGUUCGAAACGCAGAACGAGGCAAAAGAGCCCUCGAAUAUCUCCUCCAAGAAUGUCCCGAAACCGAUGCCAUCAUAAAAUUGAUUGAUUUAAACGAUUUUGUCAGUAUUCGAGAAUUUGCUAAUCAAAUUAAUCUUGAAUAUGAAAGAGUCGACAUUUUGAUUAACAAUGCCGGUAUCAUUUUCCACCCAUUUCGAAAAACAGUGGACGGCAAUGAAAUGACAAUAAGCACGAAUUAUUUCGGUCCAUUUUUACUAACACAUCUCCUUCUUAAUUUAUUGAGCAAAUCGGACAACGGCCGAGUCAUCAAUCUUUCAGCAGUGGCACAUUUGAGAGGAAAAAUUGAUUUGGAUGAUUUAAAUUCUGAGAAGAGAUUUGUGGAAAUUGAGGCUUUUAGUCAAAGUAAACUCGCUUUGACUAUGUUUACGAAACAUAUGGCUUCGUUAUUGAAACACACGAAUAUAACUUUCAAUGCUGUAAAUCCAGGCCUUGUGCGAGGAACCCGACACUUGCGUAACUCUCGAAUUACAACUUCCUUUUUCACGAAAUUGUCAGUGUGGCCAUGGAUGUGGCUUUUUAUGAAAACACCUAAACAAGGCUCUCAGACUCUUCUCUAUGUUGCUCUUGAUCCCUUCCUUAAGAAUGUUUCAGGAUGUUAUUUCAGCAACUGUGAGAUUCAGAAACCCUCAGAUCUUGUAAAUGACGUGGAAUUGUCGGAAAAAUUGUAUAAAAAAACUUGUGAAAUUGUUAAAAUCGACGGCGAAACUAUUGUGAAAAACAUCACAGGAGAAGAGGAGAAAGUGGAAUAAAAACUUCCAUAAUAAAAUUAUGAAAUUUA